AUGUUCACAACACUGGGGCUAUUUACAGAGGUGGCUUGUCCACAGGGAGAACAUUGCUCUCUUCUGACAUGCAUGUUCUCCCACAAGGCCUCCGAUUCAUCUUCGGCCAACAAGCGCUCUGCUCGUACUACGGCAGCGUCAAAGAUGGAUAACACACAUCCUUCGAAGAAGCUCAAAACUCGAACUGAUACGUCCUCCCUGGAUGAUUAUUCGAUCUCGUCUCACGAAACGCCCAUCAACAUCGAAGCCAAUUCAGCAAUUACCGCAACAAAAUGCUGGCCCGGGUACUUCAAAACUAUCUUCAACUUCUCGGGGAGUAUCUCCGCCACCACCACGCUCAAACUCGAAGCCUGCGAAUGGCGGACCUUCAAGCACCACCGCCACCCUAAAGCGAACAACAUCGCAGCUCCCCCGCGGAAUGCGCCUAAAGAAAGCUUAAAUCCUCGCCUGUUAACGAAAGCUCCUGCUCCUCAUGGUGUCCGGACCGCUAUUCUCCAGAAACUACAUUCUACCAUGGUUUCACAGAAUGAAAAGCUCGCCAAGAGCAAGGAAAGCUCGAAUAAAUGUUUCAAAUUAACCGGCAAUGAGCUUGUGACGAUGGCCCUAGAUGAAGAGGAAAGGGUGGCAAAGGACAGCCCUGAUGUUUACUCCAAUGUGAUAAAGCUUCGAAUUGUGAAAUUGGCGAAGAUGAGCACGGAAGAGUGGGCCAAAGAGGUCAUGGAACAUCUCAAUGCCCGGUACUACAAACUUCCACCAGCCGACCCAACCCCAAAGGCUCCCAAGCAGAUCGAGACCGGUCUUACCACCAAACAAGAAAUUGUUCUUAUCUCUAAGCUGAUCACCCCCCUGAACGGCCUUGAGGAGUUUGGAUAUGUAACAAAAGCGCCCACCGCAGCAGAAAUCGAGACGGCCAGGCAAGGUGUCCUCGAUUCCAAGGGCUGGGAGAAGUGCGACCGUUGUGGCAGUCGAUUCCAGGUUUUCCCUGGUCGCCGUGAGGACGGCGCAUUGACCACUGGUGGCCUAUGUAUUCACCACAACAGCCGUCCCAUCUACCCUCCUCGCAAGAAGACGGAUCAUUAUACCGGCUCUGCAGAUCCAUAUUUCUCUUGCUGCGGUGAAUCUGUGGGCACGUCUGUUGGUUGCACCAAAAGUCCUCACCAUGUUUUCAAAGUCUCGGAGCCCAAGCGCCUUGCAUCAAUCCUCCAAUUCGAACCAACCCCGCAACAACCGGACAAAGGACCAAUGGACCCGGUGUGUUUCGACUGUGAGAUGGGCUACACGACACAAGGCUUGGAGUUGAUUCGCCUCACCGCCGUCAGCUGGCCAGAAGGCCGUGAGCUUCUUGACAUCCUCGUCAGGCCCAUUGGCGAGGUUUUAGACCUCAACUCGCGAUACUCGGGUGUGUUCCCUGAGCACUACGCCAACGCCAUACCCUACGGCACCUCAAGUUCUACCUCGAUGCCACAUUCUCAAGGCGAGGAUAAGAAGCAGCAGAAGCCAAUGCAAGUCGUCGAAUCACCGGCCGCAGCACGUAAACUGCUCUUCGAAUUCCUUCAACCUGAUACUCCCCUGAUUGGCCAUGCCAUCGACAAUGACCUCAACGUUUGCAGGAUAAUUCACCCAACUAUCAUCGACACAGUGAUCUUAUAUCCAGCCCCGAGGGGUGGUCUCCCCAAUCGCCAGAGCCUCAAGAACCUCGCUCGCAAGUACCUCGACCGUGACAUCCAGACUGGCGGUGAUAAGGGCCACGAUUCGAAGGAGGACUCCAUUGCUACUGGCGAGUUGGUGCGGGCCGCACUGGGUGAAAGAUGGAAGAAUUGGAGGCACAAGGGUUGGCAUUUUGAAGACAACGAGUUGGUUCCGCCGCCUAGUCAAGGGUUGAACCUUGCUGGGCUUGAACAGAAGAGGAAGCACACAUCUUCUCCAUGA